AUGACAUUCAAGGAGAAUGCACCAUCGGACGCCGACUCUUGCGAAGACAACCUCAUGGCCCAAGCAAAUCAGCAGCUGGCACGCGAGUUGCUCCAGAGCCAGGCAAGCACGCUCGCAGCAUGCCUGGCCUCCCAACAUGUCGUUCCCCUUGGCAGCUCUCCUGGUUAUGUGAGAAUUUGGACGGCAGCAGAUGCCUUUCAAGAAUUAUACCAAUACUGUCUGUCCGCGACUGGCCAGCUGAGGGCGAGCGAAGGCGUGCGCUGGGGCUUCAUCAAGUAUGAAAAAAGGACCAGUCGAGCCACCAUAGCAAACGCGGGCACGCCACUCUCUAUUGACGCCGUUGGCUUCACCAUCAAGGACGCCCAUAACCAUCUCGUGGGACAUCACGGCGACGGUCUCAAGCUGACUGCGUUGGUCCUCUCUCUAAACGGCUACCUAAUGAGCAUGGCCCCGGGCUGCUGCAUUUAG